AUGAACACACCAGUAUUGUCAUUUUCUCCAAAUAUUAAGGAGUCAAGUCAAGAUAUUCUUGAAAGCGAGAUUGCUAUCCGGUCAUCUCGUCGACCUGUUGAUACUGUACUUGAAACAGUAUUGAAUAAUAAUAGUAACAGUAAUCAAUCGGAUGGAAAUGUUUUAUUCCAACAAUUAGAGCAUGCACCUUCACAUAUAGGCAAUAUGGAUCAGGCACAGACAGUGAUAGAGAUGGCAUCCAAUCCAGAUAAUAGUUCUGUUACCUAUACUCAUGAUCGUUACUCAGAUGUUGGAAAUGAAUCUGGACGAAUGUUAACACCUAUUCAGGGUUACGCACAGCUGCCACUAGUAUCGCUAGAGGAAGCUGUUAAACCAAUUGAAACAGUCAUACCUGAUAUUCAGCGUCAAGUGUACAUCGCAAAAGAGCGAUGUAAACAACCAUGUCCAGAUGGUUUGACCCAUGAUGAAUCAGCAGCUAUUCUUCUUUAUACAAUGGAAUGGCAACCCAAAGAACAAAGCGUUUACUUUGUUCUUAAUAGUAUUCUCCGUUUGGAAAAUCGUGAAAAUAUAAAACCAUUUUAUUUAUAUUUAAAACUUGUAUUUACUGCUCUAUGGAAAUUACCAUCUCGUCGUCAAACUGUUUAUCGAGGUAUUGAUAAAGAUUUAAAUAAAGAAUAUGAACUAAAUAAAACCUAUACGUGGUGGGGGUUUAGUUCAACAACUGAAACACCAGCACAAACCCAAAUGUUUUUAGGUAAAAGUGGUAAGACACGGACAUUAUUCAAUAUUGAUUGUCUACACGGGAAAAUGAUAAUCGAUCACUCAUUCUUUAGAAAUGAGAAGGAAAUUUUAUUAUUACCAGCUGUUCAAUUUGAAGUAGUAAGCAAAUUAAAUCCAUCACCUGAUAUAUAUAUCAUCCACCUGAAAGAAGUUAUACCAAAGUUUGAAUUACUCCAGGCACCUUCUCCUUCUUUUGAAAAACUCUCAACACAUCAACCGAUACCAUCAGCUAAUCAUGUGUCAACGGCACCACCAUACUUAACCCCUGUCGCUUCAACAAAAGGAUCAUCUUUCGGUGGUUCUAAUAGUCGUGCAGAACGUUUGAACGAUGAAGUUCGAAGAAAUCGCGAGGAACAAAGAGCUGACUUUCAACGUAGUGAACUAACCGAUAAUGAAUUACAAAUGGCAGUGCUUAAUGAGAUCAAAACAAAUAGAAAUUGGACUGAAUUACGUUUAUCUCAAAAUAAAAUCACACCACGUGGUUUAAAAGAAUUAUGUCAAACAUUGAAAACAAAUACAAUAAUAACCAAAAUAUUAAUAUGGGAUAAUCCAUUAACCGAUGAAGGGGCAAAAUUAUUUGCGGAUUUAUUGAUGGUUAAUAGAACAUUGAUAAGUAUUUCGUUGGACGGGACACAAAUGACAGAUGCCGGUAUUAGCGAGCUCGCUACUAUGUUACGAUCUAAUAAUACAUUACAAGAACUUCAUGUUGGUGAUAAUGAAAUAACCGAUAAAGGUAUAAUCACGUUAGCACAAUCGUUAAAAAGUAAUAUCGGUCUACAAUGGUUAAGUAUAAAAAAUAACAAAAUAUCCGAUAAAUCUGUACCCGCUCUGGUUGAAAUGUUAAAAGAAAAUGAAACAUUGUCGACAUUAAAUCUUGAUCAUAAUUAUAUAUCAGACAAGGGAAAAUUUAAAUUACAACAAGCAAUAACUACAAAUAGAGUUGUUAAAUCAUUGUUAAUUGACAAUCAAUCGACGAGAUGUAAAGUACAAUAA